AUGGCCACAAAGCGUGAAGAAGGAGACAGUGAUGUUGACAUGGGGACUGGCGCCGCCGUGGGCUCUGUGAAGCAAGAGCCCACAGCCACGGAGGUCAUUCCAAAGGAGCCAGCGCCAGCCACAGCAAACGGAGCUACUACUGACUCAUCGGUAGCGCCCCUGAACCAACUGUUGGAGAAAGUGCCAGAAAAAGUUCAGCCGGAGAAUUUCAGAGAGAUCUUACUUCAAGUGUGUGACGCCCUUUUGGACCACCAUGGAGGUCCCUGCCAGUACUUGCAGUCAGAGCUCGGUUCAGAGCCCAACGCUGACUGGACGGCCUUUGCUGCAGAUUUGGAAGGGCUUUUCCCACGUCUAGCAGACUUGCGAUACCUUGACCAAUUGAAGUUCCCAGCUGGCAGCGAUUCCCCCGGCGCCAUCAAGCUGAGCUUAUGGCAGCUGGGUUGGCACAGUGACUGUUCAUCAAAGCCGCCCACAUUCAAACCAGUGGCUCGCAAGCUUCUGGACGAGUUUCUCACACAUGGAUUUCUGACCGCUUCCGACCCAUUGAUUCUGUACCAGUCAGACAGCUACCCUGGCCGCCUGGAAAGCUGGUCGGGCUUUCCGAUUUUUUUCUCUCAUUAUGUUAAGGGCGCAGCUCGUGCCACCAGCGUGCUGAUGCUGGCGCAUGUGCUGUGUAAACUGAAGGUAGAUGUCGCAUCCAUGGCACCGCGCCUGUUUCAAAGCUUGCUGGUCAUCCACUGCACUGAAACCACAUGCGCGACGGACGCUACAUCCAUCGCGCUAGAGAACGCCCUGAAGCUGAAGCAUCUCUGGUGUGCUUGCACCACUCUUCACAGCAGCAUCAGCCAAAUGUUGGAGUUCAAUGGCACUUAUUGUGCCCAGUGCAAAUUUCUGCACCAGAAGAACCCACAAGGGGCAGGGCUCUGA